UUGAUUGUCCCUUCUCGCACCCGGUCCCGAGGCGGCCGCGGUUGUCAACCAGAGGCGAUCAUGGCAACGGGCCGGGCCGGAGCGCAGGCGGCUGGAGCUGCUGGGACGGCUACGGCAGCGGGCGGGCGCGGGGCUCAGUGGGGCGGGUGGGGGUUGCUCCUGCGGGGGCCGGGGAAGCAGGGGCAAUACUGAGCGCCAUGCAGCGGGCCUGCGGGGAUGGGCCCGCGGACCUGCCGGCCUUGGAGGAAACCUGCGCAGGAUGGGAGCCCCGGCCUGGGUUCAAGGCCAGGCAGGACGAGCGGCUGCCCGAGCUCAAGCCCGAGCUCGAUGGUGAACCCAAGCAUGAGCCCGGCCCCGAGCCCGAGCCCGAGCCCAAGCCCGAGCCCGAGCCCGAGCCUGAGCCCAACGCCGGGCCCGGGCCCAUCGUGGAGCCCAUGAGGGUCGCGGAGCCAGAGCCCCAACCUGAGCCUGAGCCCCAGCCCGAGCCCAACACUGAGCCCGAGCCCAGCACUGAGCCCGAGCCCGUGCCCGUGUCCGAGUCCGAAAGGCCCGUGGAGGCCGAGCUCCAGAUUCCGAUCCCUUCCUCAGCCCUCUUGACAGCCCCCAUCCCAGCUGAGCAAGGCGACCUCAGCAUCCAGGACCGCCGCCCCCGCCCCAUCGCCAGGACCAGACUCAAGACUAAAAACAGGAAGGCUGCCUUACUGCGCGUGCCCGAAGAGUCUGGGGGCCACCGGUGUCUCACUGUCACUGUGGACAGCUCCAAGGCCAGGACCUCCCUGGACGCCCUCAAGAUCAGCCUUAAGCAGCUCAAGUGGAGGGAGUUUCCCUUUGGUCGUCGCUUGCCCUGUGAUAUCUACUGGCAUGGAGUUUCCUUUCAUGAUAGUGACAUACUCUCAGGUCAAGUGAACAAGUUCCCAGGAAUGACAGAAAUGGUGCGGAAAAUUACUCUGAGCCGAGCUGUGAGAAUCAUGCAAGAUCUCUUUCCAGAGGAGUACAACUUCUAUCCUCGCUCUUGGAUUUUGCCUGAUGAAUUCCAACUCUUUGUUGCUCAGGUUCGAAUGGUGAAAGAUGGUGACCCCUCCUGGAAGCCCACUUUCAUUGUAAAACCUGAUAGUGGUUGUCAAGGUGAUGGAAUCUACCUCAUUAAAGACCCCAGUGACAUUCGAAUGGCAGGAAAUCUCCAGAGCAGGCCAGCUGUAGUCCAGGAAUACAUCUGUAAACCUCUCCUCAUUGACAAACUGAAAUUUGAUAUUCGUCUGUACGUCUUACUAAAGUCUUUAGAACCCUUAGAGAUUUAUAUAGCCAAAGAUGGACUCUCUAGAUUUUGUACAGAGCCAUAUCAGGAGCCUAACUUUGGAAAUUUACAUCAUGUAUUUAUGCACUUAACCAACUAUUCACUGAAUAUUCAUAGUGGAAACUUCAUUCAUUCUGACAAUGUUAAUACUGGUAGCAAAAGGACUUUCUCCAGCAUCCUUUGUAGACUCUCUUCCAAGGGAGCUGACAUCAAGAAAAUCUGGUCAGACAUUAUUUCUUUAGUGAUUAAGACAGUUAUUGCACUGACACCAGAGCUCAAAGUGUUCUAUCAAUCUGAUAUACCAGCAGGAAGGCCUGGACCAACAUGCUUUCAGAUUUUAGGAUUUGAUAUUCUUCUAAUGAAAAAUUUGAAACCUAUGUUGCUAGAAGUAAAUGCAAAUCCCAGCAUGAGAAUAGAACAUGAAAAAGAGCUUUCUCCAGGGGUGUUUGAAAAUGUCCCAAGUCUUGUCGAUGAAGAAGUAAAAGUAGCAGUAAUCAGAGAUACUCUCCGACUAAUUGAUCCACUGAAGCAUAAGAAAAAAGAGAACCGAUCCAGUGGUCUUUUCACAACAACAUCAAAGACAAAGAGUCAAGGAAAAGAAAGCUGGUUCCAGUCUGAGAGGCAUCUACUGCCGGGCAUUGAAGCAGGUCAGCUGAGAACAGGAAGAAGAGGUCCAGAGAGGAAGCAUCUUGCCCAAGAUCUUAGAGUAUACUUUCCAGAUAUCUUUAUGGACAGAAAAUCCAGAUUCCCAUCAAUUUUUGGCAGAAUGUCUCCAUCGAAGCUUCAGUUUUCAAAGUUUUCCAUAGUCAGAUCUGAACAGUGUAAUAAGAUAUCAGGAAUGAGAGAAGAAUUCAAGGAGGGAACAGAUGAACUACUGCAAGCAGAUGUGCUUGAAGCAGAAGCUUAUAUGACCAAUGAAGCCAACUUACCCACUAUCUGCCUCAAGCAAGUAUUCCCAAAGUAUGCAAAGCAGUUCAACUAUUUGCGUUUGGUGGACAGAAUGGCAAAUCUAUUUAUCCGAUUCCUUGGGAUAAAGGGGACAACGAGGUUGGGACCCACAGGGUUCCGCACCUUUAUAAGGAACUGCAAACUCAGUAGCAGCACCUUCUCAAUGGCAUCUGUAGAUAUUCUGUAUAUUGACAUAACAAGAAGGUGGAACUCCAUGGGCCUUGAACAGAAGGAAUCAGAUAAGAAUGCUGAGCCUAAGAAAAGAGAAGUGACCGCCCAAGGUAUGUGUUUGCAAGCCUUUGUGGAAGCAUUCUUUUUCCUAGCCCAGAGAAGGUUCAAGCAUUCAACCCUUCAAGAACAAGUUGCUUCACUGGUUGACCUGUGUGAAUACCACCUUACCCUGCUGGAUGAGAAACGCCUACUCUACAGCAAAGGCACCUCCUCUGUCCGGCCUCCCAUCAGCAGCUCUUCCCAAGAAAGGCUCCCUCUCACCCAGCCGCCAAAUGGGUCUUUCCUUCCCCGAAAUAACUCUGCCAAUAAAUUUGCCCACUACAGACAUCCUCAGACUUGAGGGGAUGGCACUUUGGUAUGGAAGAAAGAACUCAUAGAAAAUGACAGGGCUGACGAGGGCUCCCUACCCCAUGAGCAUGUGGCUGCUGGUGAAAUGUGGAAUGCCAAGUUUUUCUAUUGCUAAAUGUUUUCACCUAUUUAUUUCCCAUUUCCCUGAAUUCCACGUUUCCAAAAGUGAAUGCCCUGCAUACAACUGUCUGUGACCCCAGCCCUUCUUUUUUCGUUCAUCAAAGGAUGAACCACAUACCUUCUGUGACAAUGGCCGUCCUUUUUACUCUUUGGAAUACCACAUAUGAAAAUAAUGGGAAUAAAUCUGUACUGUCAAGACCACUGACUCCUGGGGAUUAGAGCCAUGGAGGAGACAGUCCAAGGAAAAGAAAUCUCAGGGUUUCUCUGGACUCUUCAAGAACCAAGAGCCAUUGUGUAUCAUCAUCCAGUCACUGGGUAGCAAAUGAUAUGGGAAAAUCAAGUAGGAGUAUACAAAUCUAUCACUAAUAUAUGCAUGUGUCUCAAUGA